CUUCAUGCUCUUGGGCGCCGCGCGCGACUAGGCAUCCCUCAGGCGGCCCCAUGGGGCGCAGUGUUGGCGCCUUGUUUAUGGUGGCCGGAGGGAUGAGCCCGCGCUGUCUGAUUGCUUACAGUGUGCAGGCGAGUCUGUUGCGGCGUAAUAUCGACCAAGGGGAAUCCUUGCGCAUUUGUCAAGGACGUAUAGCGAUGGGGGGAGCGGCGUCGCCAGCCCACUACAACGGAAAGGCCGGCCACUAUUCCGAGAGAUGGCGUCGCGGGCGCGCGCGGAAAUGGCGCCGGUCGGUCGUUUUGUAUCUAUGCCGCGAGGCCUCCGGCUUUUGCUUCUUCGUUGUGUUGAGGCGGCUGGAAAAGGGGCGCCGGAGUCCGGGGCUUUGCCGAGGCUAGUAGUGGGGCCGCCCGUGUCUUCUUGUGUGUGCCAUUGGGGGCAGCGAAAGGAAGCCGGCGGCCCGAGCGUCAGCCACCCAGCGGCCAGCCUUGUUCUGCGGGUUUGCGGAUUAUUUCUAUUUUUUGCAUUGUUGCGAAAAGCUGUGGCGUUAAAGCGAAAAAGCAGGGCGGAAUCACGCAGCAGCCGCACAAGAGUGCCGGCGCGGCUCAGCUACUUGCAGCUUUUGCAAUUCAUUGCUCGCGCACAAUGGGACGGCGACGGCCGGCAUCCUCCGGCUGGCAGGCAAGCACUUUGCGCAAAUUCUGACGCCGCCCGCGAGCAAGGUCUGGUCCGCCGCCCCCAGCGAAUCUCUCGGCGGUAGAUUUGGCAAAGCGACAAAAAGAAAAGGCGGGCAGGGUGGAAAGGCCGGGCGGGGCGCCCGGGUCCGUCGGUGAAAGUGCCCGGGCGCUGUGUUUCGUCAUUCAUUGGCGACAGGGCGCCAAAGCAUUGCGCCGGCGCCCUCGCUUCAGUCAUGGAACGAAGCCCGGCUGGAAGUGAGCCAGGGCGGGGGGGACGGACCGGGCCCGCCGGCGGAGGGCCCGCCCGCGCGCAUAGCUCGGGCCCGCCCGCAGCCGUGGGCCUUUGGUUUCUUUCCUUGUGCUUGUCUGUGGUUCGCCUGCCCUGUGGCUGCGAGCGGGCGGGGGCGCGCGCGCCGGACGGCGAUGGCAAAAGGGGGGGCGGUGGUCCGCUGUUCAUGACAGUGGCCUGCCGUGCCUUGCGUUUGGCGUGCGAAUUCCAGGGGCGCUUGGCGAUCGUCCGCUGCCCGUUAAUCUCCGGCUCCGCCUCGCUUCUCGUAAAAGUCGACACAUCUGCAUAG